UUGAGCGAAGUGAAUGACGUCUCUGCAUUUGCGGGCCGCCGACGCAGGGCUGGGUUUCCAUUUUCAGAGCGAGUUUCGGGGGGGAUCGUCAACAUGGAGCCGGAGAUGGAGGACAAAACGUUGGAACUGAUGUGCUCUGUGCCUCGCUCUCUCUGGCUGGGCUGCUCCUCGGUGGCUGAGAGUUUGUGUGCACUCAGGUGCCUGCAGAGCAUCCCCUCCACCCGGGCUCACAACCAGACCACAUCAGGGAUGGAGUCACAGAACCUCGUGGACGAUCUGUCGCCAAAGAAGAACACAGUACUCAAGCUUAGUAAUGGUCCUGUUGUGGGGUCCCGCAAGCGUCCGUCAGAGGGGAACUAUGAGAAGGAGAAGGAACACUGCAUUGCCCUGUUUGACCAGUGGUCGGAGGCCGACCAGGUGGAGUUUGUAGAACAUCUGAUCUCCCGUAUGUGCCACUACCAGCAUGGCCACAUCAACUCCUACCUCAAACCCAUGCUGCAGAGGGACUUUAUCACUGCACUGCCAGCACAAGGCUUGGAUCAUAUAGCGGAGAACAUCCUGUCAUUUCUGGAUGCACGCUCGCUGUGCUCGGCAGAGCUGGUAUGUAAGGAGUGGCAGAGGGUCAUCUCCGAAGGUAUGCUGUGGAAGAAGCUCAUUGAACGAAUGGUCCGCACUGAUCCACUCUGGAAAGGGCUGUCUGAGAGACACCAGUGGGAGAAAUAUCUGUUCAAGAACCGCACGUCAGAAGUCCCACCCAACUCUUACUAUCACUCCCUUUAUCCCAAGAUCAUCCAAGACAUAGAGACAAUUGAGGCUAAUUGGCGGUGUGGCAGACACAAUUUGCAGAGGAUUCAGUGUCGCUCAGAAAAUAGUAAAGGAGUUUACUGUCUCCAGUACGACGAUGACAAAAUCAUCAGUGGCCUUAGAGACAAUUCCAUCAAGAUCUGGGAUAAACAGUCUCUGGAGUGUCUGAAGAUACUGACCGGUCACACAGGUUCAGUGUUAUGUCUGCAGUAUGAUGAGAGGGUCAUCGUCACCGGGUCAUCUGACUCAACUGUCAGGGUAUGGGAGGUGACGACGGGUGAGGUACUGAACACACUGAUCCACCACAAUGAGGCCGUGCUUCACCUGCGUUUCGCCAAUGGCCUGAUGGUUACCUGUUCUAAGGAUCGUUCAAUUGCAGUAUGGGACAUGGCUUCUCCUACAGACAUCAGUCUACGUCGUGUCCUGGUAGGACAUCGAGCUGCAGUAAACGUGGUCGACUUUGACGACAAAUACAUUGUGUCUGCCUCAGGGGACCGCACCAUCAAGGUAUGGAGCACCAGCACUUGCGAGUUUGUGCGCACUCUAAAUGGUCAUAAGCGAGGCAUUGCCUGUCUACAGUAUCGGGAUCGUCUAGUGGUCAGCGGAUCAUCUGACAACACAAUCCGGUUAUGGGACAUAGAGUGUGGGGCAUGUUUGCGGGUGCUGGAAGGUCAUGAGGAGCUGGUGCGCUGCAUUCGCUUCGACAACAAGAGGAUUGUCAGUGGUGCAUAUGAUGGUAAGAUCAAAGUGUGGGACCUGCAGGCAGCCCUGGACCCCAGAGCCCCUGCCAGCACACUAUGUCUGCGCACUCUAGUGGAGCACUCUGGCCGUGUUUUCCGUCUCCAGUUCGAUGAGUUCCAGAUCAUCAGCAGUUCUCAUGACGACACCAUUCUGAUCUGGGACUUCUUGAACGUCUCGACCAAUGGCCAGUCAGAGGGACGGUCUCCUUCCCGCACUUACACAUACAUUUCGAGAUAGCAGGUGGCGCCAUCCACAGCACCCUAUCUUGGAGGAGCCCAGGGCUGAUUGGCUGACGGGUGCGACCAUCUUCUCCUUCCUCCUCGUCAUCUCUCUGUCCACCUCCCACCCUGCCCCCGCCACACCCAUCUCCCUGCCCGUUCUGACAGACUCUUAAGCUUGUGCCCAUUGCCUGCCAGUACCAAGACAUGCGCACACACACAAACACACAGGUCAACACGGAUGAGGAUGCCCUACUACAGAACCAAUGCAACUCUCCCAAACAGUUCACCCUCUACUAAUUUAUGUUUUGUAAAGUACACUAAUGACAGUAUUAAUGUAGACCUAUAAGACACAAGUUCCCUUUUAUCCCCUUUAUUCAAACUUAAAGCAGCUUCUGCUCCUCAGUUUUCAAGCCCUGCCAAAACAGGUUUCCACAGAUACGGAGUCGCUAAUAGAUAUAUAUUUAUAUAUAUAUAUAUAUUUAGAGAGAGAGUGCACGGACAUAAAUACACACACACAGUGGCACAGUUGGACAGAGGAUGACUGGAGCUGUGAUGUGGGAGACAGAGACUCUUUACUCAGCUCGAGGAAAGGAGGAAAGGAUGAGAUUUGGAAGGAGUGAGCGAGGGAAAAUGUGUCGGGGACGACUCGCAUCCUUCCCUGCUCCCUCUCACUCCUUCUUACUCCUCCUAUUAUCCCCCUUCAUACACCCCUCUCCCCUCCCUCCCUGUAAUCCCGCCCCCCAAAGAUGCACACUUGCUUGGAAAAUGGGGGCGCGCACACUCAAAUUUGUGUGAGUGUGUUUGUGUAUGUGGACUUGUGAAGCGGCAGAACAGAGCAGAAGCGUCAAACAGACAGACAUGCAUGUGAGGUUGCCAUGGAUACAGCAUCCUGGUACACCUCUGCUUUUUUUUCUCUUAACUCUUACUUUCUUACUGUUUUUUAUUACUGUUAUUUUCUAAUUUUAUUUGAGUAUUUUGGUUCUUCGUACAAAAAUCAUACUAAGCGCAGUCCUCUUUCUCUUUCGAUCUUUCUCUCUGUCUUUCCUCAUUCUUUCUUCUAACUUCAACCCUUGUUCAUCUGUCCCUUUCACUCCAUCUUUCUCUCAUCAUCUACGUGCUUGCUUUGGUUAUGAGAGAAGCUGGAACUCAAGAGCUCAAAUUUAGCUGUAAACGGAGUUGUCUUGUCAAAAUUGUGUUGUAUAUUAAAAAUGAUUUUUUAAAGAAGAAAAUGACCUUAUUGUGAAUAAAGUACUUGACAGUGGUGGAGUGUUGAGCCAACUGGAACAUGAA